AGUUACAUAAGCUAAUUGCUAUGCUAUAUUUUUAGUAGCCUUCAGAUUAUAUUCGCGUUUCGACGUGUUUUCCUUGUCGUAUAGAAAAAGUUGUUACAAUGGUUAACCCGAACCAAGUACCAAAGGUGAAACUGAACAACGGUUUGGAAUUUCCAAUUAUAGGGCUAGGCACAUGGAAAUCUAAACCAGGAGAGGUAACACAAGCUGUAAAGGAUGCAAUUGAUGCCGGUUACAGACAUAUUGAUUGCGCAUGGGCUUACGAAAACGAGAAGGAAGUUGGCGAGGCGAUCAAGGCAAAAAUUGAUGAGAAAGUUGUCAAAAGGGAAGACCUCUUUAUUGUCAGCAAAUUGUGGUGUACUUUCCAUAAACCAGAAGCCGUUGAACCAGCACUUAAAGAGUCGUUAACCGCUUUGGGAUUAGAUUAUUUGGAUCUAUAUUUGAUCCAUACUCCCUUCGAUUUUAAACCAGGGAAGGAAGUAUUAGCAAUAGGAGAAGAUGGUCAGAUCAUUCCGGAAGGUGUUGAUUAUGUAGAUACGUGGAAAGCAAUGGAGGAAGUUUACAAGAAAGGUCUCACCAAGUCAAUCGGAAUAUCCAACUUUAAUAAAAGACAGAUAGAAAGGCUCCUAGAAUUGACUACAGUUGUACCAGUUACAAAUCAAGUUGAAUGCCACCCAUAUUUGAAUCAAAAGAAACUUGCUGAAUUUUGCAAAUCAAAAGGAAUUACAAUUACCGCAUACAGUCCACUUGGAUCCCCGGAUAACCCAUGGGCAAAACCAGGCGAUCCAAAGUUACUGGAUGACCCUAAACUGAAAGCUAUUGGCGACAAGUAUAAGAAAUCCCCUGCACAAGUAGUACUUAGAUGGCUAACCCAAAGAGGUCUAAUAACCGUCCCAAAGUCAGUAAACAAGAAAAGGAUUCAGGAGAACAUUGAUGUCUUUGAUUUUCAACUGUCUUCAGUAGAGAUGAAGUAUAUCGAGUCAUUUGAUUGUAACGGUAGAAUAUAUGCAAUGGAAUGGUCUAAAACACACCCUCAUCAUCCUUUCAAGGACGAAUACUGAAUCGAAGAAUUUGAUGCACCUCUCUAUUUCGCAUAAAAAAGUUCUAUUUACCUACGUGAAUGUUAAUACUUAAGUUUAAAAACACAAUGUGAAUUAUUUACAUUGUCAUAUAUACUUUUGGUUAAUAAAGACAGUAAUAGUUUUGUUC